AUGGCGCUGCAGGAUGUGGAAGGCCUCACCCCUCGCAUGCGUGCAAUCAUGGAUAGCCAGCUGGAAGCAGCACGGCUGCUGCUGGAGCUGGAGCAGCAGCAGGCGGGAUGGCGGCAGCGAGGUGCCCCCAGCAGCAGGGCCCCACGCUGGGAGCAAGCUGAGGCCCGGGGGACUGCCCCAGCCUCCUCAGCUGCUGCCGAGGCUGCAGCUGAGGCUGCUGCUGCCCAGCUGCUGGCAGAGGAGGAGCGCGAGGAGGAGGAGCAGGCAACCAGGCAGGCCGCCAAGGCCGCCAAGCGGCAGCGACAGAAGGAGCGGCAGCGCCAGCGGGCUGCUGUGUCGGCAGGAGAGGCGGAUGAGACUGCCACAGGCCAGGCGGCGGUGGAAGCGCUGGUGCCACACCCACAUGGGGAGCUGAAGGGGCACCUGCAGAAGCAGCAGCGUCAGCGGCUGGAGGCGGCAGCGGUGUCGACGACGGAGCCGAUGCGUGACCCCUUGGUGGCGGCGGAUGGGCACACCUACGAGAGAGCCGUGGGUGAGAUUGCUACAGGCCAGGCUGCGGUGGCAGAGCCGACCCCGCAGCAGGCAGUAGAGGCGGUGGAAGCAGCGGCAGGUGUCAGGGUGUGCGCAGCAGAGGGCUGCGGCAACACGAGCGGCCUGCAUCGUUGCAGCGGGCGCAGGGCUGUGAGGUACUGCAGCGAGGCCUGCUCCCACGCGCACGGGAAAGCGCACAAGGCAGAGUGCCGGCGCCUGCGCACCGCUGCGGGGGUUGCGCAGCCCUAG